AUGACUAUUCGUUUUUUGGAUAAUAAAACUGUUCAAAAACUACGCGCAUUUCAUGUUUCAUCAGUGGUACAAUGUGUAGUCGAACUUGUUCAAAACAGUCUCGAUGCCAUGGCAACUACAAUCGAAAUUCAUGUUGAUAUGACAAAAUAUUUCAUACAAGUUAUCGACAAUGGAAGCGGAAUCCCACCCACUGAUAUGGAUAAAAUUGGACAGCGACACGCCACGUCAAAAUGUCAUACAUUGGAAGACUUAGCGCAUAUAAAGACAUACGGGUUUCGCGGAGAAGCACUCGCAAGCUUGGCUGAAAUCUCAAUAAUGGAAAUAAUUAGUAAACAUUCUGAUUAUUACGAUACUUACUGUGUCAUAAUCAAGGGUGGGCUUCGUCUUCAACUAGGUCCGACUCGAAAUAGUGAACGUGCAAAACCUGGAACUAUAGCAAUAAUCCGUGAUUUAUUCUAUACGUAUCCAGUUCGUAGAAAAAUGCAAUCUGUUAAUACGAUCACGAACGAACUGGAAAAUGUUAAAAAAGCUGUUGAAAUAUUAGCAUUAAUAAACCCUCAAGUGGCUUUUACUCUGGUUGAUGCGUCGAUAGAUAGAAAAAUAGUUAACACGAGGAAGAAUCUUGAAUCGGUUUAUGCAAAAGAAGACGACAUCCAAAUUGAUGGAUUUUUUUCGUUAAAAGGUUUACACAUAAAAUUCAACGAAGAUUCAAUUUUGAAAUCGAAAUCGGAAUUUCCAGGCAAAUCAAAAAAGAAUGUAUUAACAAAGUCAUUGGAAAAAUAUCCUAUUUUCUUCAUUCAUAUUACUUGCCCAACAACGGAUUAUGAUAUAUCUUUGGAUCCAGCUAAGAAUAUAAUAGAAUUUGAGAACUGGCCAAAGAUCAUGGAUCUUUUAUCGAGUCUUGUGACUCAAUUUUUAUUAUGUCAUGGGUUUUUAAUGCAAGAUAUGGUGGCAUCGAAUGUGAAAAAUAUUAAUGCUUCAACAAAUGAUAAUAAGUCAAGAGUUAGACCUAGCUGCAAUUUGCCAUUGUCAUUUGAGGACGUGACGCAUAUAAAAAGUGGUGGAAGGCAACCAUAUAUUUUCCAAGACGAAGAAUUGAAAGGUGGUCCAUAUAGUAUGAUAUCUAAAAAUGUCAACGAGUCCGAAAACAUUUUGGUUACAUCAAAAAAAAUCGUGAAAAUAAAAAAAAAUGAAUAUGUAAAGUGGAUAGAACCUCAUACCAAACAAGAAUUUUAUAUAGAUACGCGCACUGGAAGUUCAAAUAUACCUGGGCAGGCCAAAUCUACAUCAGAAAACUGUACAAAAGCAAGAAUAGAUCGAAGCCGAUUACGUACAUCGAAUGAUAAAAACAUCGGCGAUUUAUAUGCUACAUCAUGGGCAAAAAACGCGUUAGAGAAAUGGAAUAACCCCGUGUUUCAAAGUUAUGAAGCACCAAUUCCUUUGCUCAAACACAUAUCAACGUGUAAUAAAAAGUCAUCUGUAAAGAGCAGCUUUUUUUCUUGUAAUGAUCUUGUACAAUCAGAUUUUGUUGAGCAUCGAUUCAGCAAGCAAGAUUUCGCUCAGGCUCAAGUCAUUGGUCAAGUUGACGAUAAGUUUAUUGCUUGCAAAUUACCUUAUUCACGAGCGGUUGGUCCUGAUCUUAGGGACGGUACACAACAGAUUUUAGUUUUAGUUGAUCAACAUGCAGCAGACGAACGUGUACGUGUUGAAAUGCUGAUGAAAGAGUUUUGUGAUUUCAAAAAUAAGGAACGAGUGCAAAAUAUGAAUGAUAAUGAGAUUCAUCCAAUAAAUUCUCUUGUCGAGACAGUUCAAAUAAAUCCCCCUAAUAAAAUAGUUUUAACAGAACGAGAGGUUCGAGUUGUGAAGAGAUUUGAAGCUAAUUUUAAUAGUUGGGGAAUUUUCUUUAGUGAUAAUAUGGAUACAAAACAAGAUAAUGCAUCGCUUUCAUUCACAACGCCAUUUGUAUCUCCACAUUUUAUCGCAUCGUCAACCGACAAUGACCAUAUCCCUAUUUAUGUUACCCAUCUUCCUAAAAUGAUUGCUGAUCGCUGUGUAUUUGAUUCACGAGUGACGCAAGAACUCUUACGUCAACAUUUGUACUGGUUGGAAGAUACGGGUGGAAUUGGUAUUAGUAACGUAGAAAUUGAAAAUCGUCCCGAUACCAAUGCACAAAGUGAUUGGAAGACAAUUAUAAGACAAUGUCCGAGAGGGAUAAUUGAUAUAGUGAAUUCGAAGGCCUGUCGAGGUGCAAUCAAAUUCAAUGAUAAACUGACUCUGAAUCAAUGUCAAGAAUUAAUUUCAGAGCUCGCACUUUGCGAUUUUCCAUUUCAGUGUGCACAUGGCAGGCCUUCCAUGAUUCCUAUUAUAUAUUUAGAUGAAUUUGCAAAAACAACACAAACCUCUUACCAAAAUAAAUCGCAACUUAAACAUAAUAAAUUAUAUAGGACUAACGAAAAAUCAGAGACCACCUUUGAUCAACUCGUAAACUUUAGUUGGAAAAAACGCAAAAUUAAUUUGGAGCAAUUUCGACAAUAA